AUGUCCGUAGCUAAGGCAGAGCCGCAGCGGGUAUUGCCGCCCCACCCGGCACCAAACAUGCUUGACCUCUGCAUGACGCGGUAUGACUACGACUACAAUCGCGACAUUGAGGGAAGGGGCCCCGGCGACGGCACGGCUGGCGGUGACGACGGCUGCGCAGUGAGCGGGGAUGUGCGCAACCGACCCAUCUUUCGCUUUGCCAACUCACUGGAGAGCUGCCACGACACAACCUACCUCACAGACUACGUGCGCCACAGCAGGGAGGUGAAGGACAUGCCUGGGCUGUUGCAGACAGCCUGCGGAGAGCACGACGUGGCCUCCGCCUUCGCAAGGGAUUACUAUCUCCCGGACCUCACUAAGCACGCCACGGCGACUGGCGCGCACCCAAUCUCCGUCUACAAGGAGGAUUACAAACACAGCGGUCCGGUGCCUAGCGGCGAGCCAACGCUUUACGCUGGAGCCCGCACCGCCGCAUAUGAUCCUGACUUCCUUCUUAUCCCCGCAACCGAGGAGGAUCUCAAGGCCGAGAACAUGCUGCCGCCAAAGAUCACAUCUAGGGAGUCCCUCCUGCCGAAGGUGCCCCCGUCCGAGGACAGCUACCGUAGACCAAAUGAAGAUUUGUUCGCCUCCCGCAGGCCACAGCUGACGACGAUGGGUAAACCCCCGACCGACUACUACUGCACCUCGUGGGUGUACGGCGACAAGAGCCUGGCCUACCCGGGUCAGCUGCCGCGCGGUAUUGAGGACUCCCCGAAUGCGCACCUUAUAGGCACGAUGGACGACAAGGCGGCCCUGCUCGCUCUCCUUGCGGGGAAGAAGAAGGCAGCUGGCAAACCCUACCUGAUGCCCGACGAGACGAACCCCAUCCCAAUUCAGCGGAUAGAGCAGCCCUUCUGCGGAAUAACACGACGGAUUGAAAAUGAAGGGUACGUCAACAUGAGCAUUUACCGCAGUGACCACGUUCAUCAAGGAGUGUUGCCAGAGCUGCCGGACGCGGCGGCUUUGACGGGAAACGAUACGGGGGGUGCCGGUGGGGAACGGCGACUGGCGUGCGCGGGGGAGAUGCUGGCGGGUACCCUGACGCGCCAUACAAAAAAGAUUGAGUCGCUGCGCAAUUCACACGGCAACCUUUUGAAGGUAAAACCCGAUUCACGAAUUGUAGACCUUCACACAUGGAAGCAAAUGAGGUCAAUUGAGAAGCGCAUUGCAGUGGACAAAAAGGACCCUCAUCGUCACAAAUUGCAUUAG